CACACAUACAGACACCCACAGCUACACAAACAGACACCAACUUGAAGGAAGCUAUAGACACCCACCCUCCGGUCCCUCCCUCCCUCCUUCAGGCGCAGAUCCAUCCAUCCAUCCACAGCCACACACACGAAGCCUGCCCCUCUCUCUACUCACUGCUUCCUCUUCCUCCCUCACACGAUCGUGUGAUCACAGCUCCUCGUGGACAAGCCGCUCGUAGUCGAUCUCGUCGCCCUCACCCAUAUCGUCAUCGUCGUCGGUCCCGUCGUCUACCACGGGAUCGGGCGUCGGCGCCGGCGGCACCAACGCCGGGUCCUCCAUACUCAGCUCCUUGCGCAUCCCUGCACACCCACACACACACACACACACCCACACACACAGGUGCCAUUCUUCUCCCUGAUGGUGUUGUGGGUGAUUGAGUCGGUGAAGGGGAUGUGAUCUUGCCUGGCAGCGGUGGCGGGUUGUACUCGUCGUAGACGGGCGGCACGUGUCCGUCGGGGUAUGUGCGCACCCAGCCCUCGUCAUAGGUGACGCCCUUGAUGCCCAGAAGCUCGACGGUGAAGAGGAGCACCUCGUGGCCCUUGAUCUUGUCGCCCUGGCCCCACUCCUCGUACCCAAGGGCUGAGGGGAUGUACAGCUGCCACUUGUCGCCCACAACCAUCAGCUGCAAUGCCUCAGCCCUACACACACACGCCUUAGGUGUGUGUGGUGUGUGUGUGGUGGAGUGGGGGUGUUAUGCCACUUACCAUCCCUUGACGACGUGUGUGGUUUGGAACUCUUCGGGCUCCCCCCGGUCAUAGGAGCAGUCGAACACAUCGCCGUCAGUCAGUGUGCCGUUGUAAUGCACCUGCAGUGGGGUGCACAUCACAAACCCAGACAGACAGACAGACAGACGCACAGACAGUCACGACAGACACACCUUGUGUUGUGUGUGCGUCGGGAUGGGUGAGGGUGUGGGUGAGGUUUGGUGUGGCCUACCGACCUUGACCGUGUCGUUCUCUGAUGGGCGUAUGGUGCCGUUGCCCUUGUGGAGCACUUUGUACUGAAGACCACUCUCUGUCACUAUGAUGCCCUCCUGACCAUACAUACCAUCACAACCACACACAGAUCAGAUAAGAUCACAUCAGAUAAUAAGGGAGGGGAUCACCCACUCCACUCCACUCCACUCCACUCACCUGUUGCUUAUUCUCUUCCAGCCACUUUGGCCCCUCAACCUCAUUCCUCUCGGACGGGGUCAGCCUGCCACCACAACACAACACAACACAACACAACACACCGAGAGGGAGGGAUGGAUGGAUCGCCGGCCGCCUCGUGGGUCCUCCUCAGACAAGAAGCAGAUCGAUGUGUGUGUGAGUGGAUGUGCGUGUGGUGACGCGCACCUCACCUCCUCAUGGGUUCGUCAUCUUCCGGCCAGAGUGGCUGCUGCUUGCACAUCUUGGGACACAACUUCUGACUUAUCUGGUUAAAAAACAGACAGAGCAACACACAGAGCUCUGUAUGCUCGUCGGGUCGGUGCACCGCACUGACUCCCCAACCUUGUGGUGCUCGACUUCUUGCCCCAGCAGCGCCUCAAGACCGUCCUGGUAGCCAGAGUCGUCCAACAGACGCCUGGACAACACACACACACACACACUAAGUGCUACACAUCCGUCUCUCUGCCUGUGGUGUGCCGCACCUGCAGGCCUUGACCAUGUCGUAGAUGUGCAGGUUGUCGGCCCUCUCAGCGUACUCCUUCCAAGUGCCCCACUCGCACGCCCGCAGCCCGUCCACCCAAUCAGACACCACCACAUCCCUCUCGCCCUUCUUGGAACCCUCCGGCAAGUUCUCCUGACACACACACAGACACACAGACACACAGACAGACAGACAGACAGACGCCGUCAGUACAGUGCAGUGCAGUAGAUCUGCUGUUUGUGUGUGUUAGUAUACCCACCUUGACUCUGAGGUCUAUGUGGUAGGCGAUGGUCUGGCAGACCUCACAAUCGAGCUCACGCGUCUGCUUCCCUCGCAGGCCGCUCACUGGAGGCCACAGAGAGGCCGCCACACACACCAGCAGACCCAACCCCAUCGCCACAAGCGCCAGAUCUGAGGAAAAGACCUCUCACGCCU